AGUUGUCUACCCCAGAAAGCAAGUCCACACUGAUUGACGAUAAAGGAGUGUCCUCUAUUUACAACCAACUCAACUACUCACAUAAUAUUAAAAGGUUUCUGAUGAGCCACCCGAAAUCUUUCUCCAAUGUGUCAGAUGAGGAUAGCAUCAUCAACAGAGAGGACAGCGAAGAUGAGGUCAUCAAUGAUGAUGAGGAGAUGCCGCUAGAGAUCCCAGUGGUCAAACCACCCAGCUGUGGCAGCUCUACCCAGGUUCAUGUUUCCGAACAAGGCCAUGCUGAAGAUAUGUUGAACCUGCCCACAUUUGGCGAUGAAGCGGUGCCUCCGCGAGAUAUGGCUGACAACAUCCACCUGCUCACAGAAGAAACCCUCAAGAAACACACCAAAAUUCAAGAGAGACUCUAUCUCCAGAGGAUAGCUGAAGAGCAGCCUCUGUUGUUGAACAUGCGAAGGAUACGGUGCUCGAGAAAUGGCUCUCAUCAAAAACGGCCCAGAAUUCGAGAAGCUGGAGAAGAAGUGGAAGCAGCCAAACAUCCGUGCACUAACAGUGGAGUGUUCCGCUCCAGCUCCAACAUCUUCAUGCAGAGUUUCCCAGCUGUGACCUCUAGCAACUUGACCCCAGGGAACAUGAGCCUCCCUGCCCAGCCCACGAUUCAUCUGGUCCCUGGAGACACAAUGUCUGCCUCCUGCCUGCCGUGCACUCUGGGACCACUGAUGUCCAACAGUGGCCUUGUUAGCCUUCACAGAGCAACCACACCACAGAACAUGCAGUGGCCAUACUACCCACAAACUGGGUAUACGCUCUUGCCGCAGGUCAUGACUGGAUUUUACAGACCAUUACUUCAGCCUGUUCAGGUUCAGACCCUUGCGCCACAGAAUGCAGGGUUUGGCAUGGUUCCCAUUUCCCAAGAACCUUUGGCACAAGAUGAGACUCUAGGGUUGCAGCCUGCAAAGAGGAGCAAGAUAGACAACUCGGAGAAAAAAAAUGGUGAUUCUGACAAUCCACAGUCCUCUGUAGAUGACACAACAUCAUCGAUCAUGUACUUGCUAGAAGCUGACAGCUCAACAUUUGAGGACUCUGACAAUAAAGCUAGUACUGGAAUGACUCAGUCCAGAGUCAAGAACAGGCGAUCUCCUGAGUCACCAUGGUUACGAGGUGUCAAAUGGAAUGCAGAUACAAAAAUGAGGUACACAAUGCCAAAGAGAAAAACAUUCCUGGUCCUCAAGAUGGAUGAUAAAAUGCUGAAAAAGACUAAACAGAGUGAUUUAGUGCAGAGCAGCUUGGAGCAACUUUUACGAGAAAUUUCAUCGCCUGAACAUGAAGAUCCUAUGGAUGAGGAAGCAGAUUACCUAUUUUACCCCGGUGAUGAGGUGGGUGAGAAUGAUAAAAAUGCAGAGAAGACUGAGGUAGUUGAUAUCACUGCAAGCAGCAGGGAGCUGAAUGAUGGUCGAAGGAGUGGGAGGAAUACUGAAGACAUUGUAUGGGGUCUGGCAGCCACUGAGAAUGAGGAUGAGAACUAUGACACUCCUGUCAACAGUCACUCCGAGGAUGAGAAAGCUGCGUCCACACCUGUCAAGGGGGAGGAGGAGGAGAAAGAGACUAAGACUGAGGCAAACACUCAUCUAAAUAACAGUCAGGCAAUCAAAGGGGACAGAAACAUUGCCAUGGAAACAGUCUUCAUAAGAAACAGCCAGGCAGGAGGUGGUCCUUCUUUGACAACCAGAGGUAGUAGCCCCAAAGAUGGAUCUCUCAGCGGAGAUGAGUGCAGUGGCAGUGAUGGUGGGCAAAAGGCAGAAAUGGAAGAUUCGCAGUCAAACUGCUCAAAGGUGUCCAGCGAUCUGACCCCUAGUGAUAACAGAAGUAAUGAAGAAGCCGCCAGCUCAAUGAAAGAAUCUGAUACUUCUAUGAAGAAUAUGAAGGGUGUACCAUCUGUAGCUUCCUCGAAUUCCUCAAAUGAUCACAACAGUCAGGAGGAGGUAUUGAGUACAGCUUUGAGAAACACUGAAGAUGUUUUCAGAAAACUGUUUGUCCCCCUCAAAGUACAAAUCUAUCAGAAGGCAGACACUCCAAGUGCUCCUUACUGGUUAGUGGAAGCACAUCUUAGUCCGCGUGUGGCCAUGACCUAUAAAGUGCCCUGUCGCCAACUGGAGGAUGUGCUGAAUGAGGACCAUAAAAAUAUGUCCAGCCUUGUCCAGUCUCCUACUGUCAAACAGCAGCUUCUUCAGCUCCUGAAUGAUGUGGAAAUAAAAUCAGAGGCAGUCACUGAGGCAGCUAGCAUGUUGACCAGUGGCUAUUUAACAUCAGUAAUUGCCACAACUCCAUCUUCAUUAUUCACACAGUCUUCCGCUUUGUCAUCAGACUCAUGUCUGAAGUCAAUCAAGGAAGAACCCAGCAGUGAUGAUAAGUCAACAGAAAAUGGCAAAGCAAUAGAUGAUGAGCAUGUAACCAAAGCUGCCCAUGACUAUGCUAAUGAAAUAAAAACAUCAAUGGCAGACAUGAAAGAGCUGAAGACUGACACAGGUUCCUUCCCAUACCAGUGUUCUACCUCACUUGAAUCCUGUUUUCCCACAAAAAGUCUGCCUGACACUCUGGGCAGGAGAGCUUCCCCUAAUUAUAAACAUACUACAGAGGACCAUAGCUCCUCAGAUACUAUCACUGACCAAAUCGCUGAGGACCCUACAAUUAGUACUUCAUUCAGAGGACACUCUUCCUAUACAGACACAAGCACCUUACGUGGAAGCAGCUCAUUCAGCUGCAUUUCAUCAGGAACUGAUUGCCACAUUCAAGAAAAACUUCAGGCAAUGGGAUCAAGCUGUUUCCCUGGACAGAGGAUUGAGGACAUCAUCAUGAGUAAAGUGUUUCUUCCCCAGGAAGUGUUCUCCAGCAGCCUAGAAGCCAGGAAUAUGCCUCUCACGUUCCACACAUCAGAAUAG